GCCAGUCAUGUGGGCUGGACUGUUGCUCCAUGUUGCCUGCAUCGUGAUCCUGUUGCUGGGGUCUUUGGCCCGAGGCUACACCGGGAGGAAGGCACCCGGGCAUUACUCGGCCGAGAGACGUCGUCUGGGCCCCCAUGUCUGCCUAUCGGGCUUCGGGAGUGGUUGCUGCCCUGGCUGGGCUCCUUCCAUGGGCAGUGGGCAUUGUACCCUGCCCCUCUGCUCCUUUGGCUGUGGGAGUGGCAUCUGCAUCGCCCCCAAUGUCUGUUCUUGCCAGGAUGGAGAGCAAGGGGCCACUUGCCCAGAAGUCCAAGGAUCCUGCGGGGAGUAUGGUUGUGAUCUCACCUGUAACCAUGGUGGCUGUCAGGAGGUAGCCCGAGUAUGCCCUGUGGGCUUCUUGAUGACUGAGACAGCUGUUGGUAUCAGGUGUGCAGACAUUGAUGAGUGUUUAAGCUCAUCUUGUGAGGGCCACUGUGUGAACACGGAAGGCGGCUUCGUGUGCGAAUGUGGGCCAGGCAUGCAGUUGUCUGCUGAUCGUCAUAGCUGCCAAGACACGGAUGAGUGCCUGGGAACGCCCUGCCAGCAGAGAUGUAAGAACAGCAUUGGCAGCUAUAAGUGUUCCUGCCACACUGGCUUCCAUCUCCAUGGCAACCGGCACUCCUGCAUAGAUGUGAACGAGUGUCGGCGACCGCAGGAGAGGCGAGUCUGUCACCACUCCUGCCAUAACACUGUGGGCAGCUUCCUGUGCACCUGUAGACCUGGCUUCAGGCUUCGAGCUGACCGUGUGUCCUGUGAAGCUUUCCCGAAGGCUGUUCUGGCCCCAUCUGCUAUCCUGCAGCCCCGGCAGCACCCUGCUAAGAUGUCCCUGCUUCUUCCUGAGGCAGGCCGGCCUGCCUUGUCCCCAGGACACAGCCCUCCUCCAGGGGCCCCAGGAUACCCUACUGGAGUCAGAACAACCCAUCAGCCAUCUACCACCCUGGCCCUACCAACAUUCCUUCCCACACAGUUGCUAUCCACCCCAUUACCAAGUUCUUCUCUACUGGGGACCCUCAGCCCCCCUCCACCUCUCCAGGGGGAGGCAGUGGGGACUCCUUCCCCCAGGGGCCCGGAAGGCGCAAGGCUGGGGACAGGGCUGUCUUCCUGCUGGUACCAGGGAGCCACACAUGAGCCAGGGAGCCGCUGGAGCCAGCCUGGAUGCUCUCAGUGCUCUUGUCAGGAUGGAGAGGUGACCUGUGGAAAAGUGAGGUGUAAUGCUACCUGUUCCCAUCCAAUUCCACCCAGAGACGGGGGGUGCUGCCCGUCUUGUACUGGCUGCUUUCACAGUGGUGCCAUCCGAGAGGAAGGGGACGUGUUUUCACCUCCUGAAGAGAACUGCACUGUGUGUGUCUGCCUGGCUGGAAAUGUGUCUUGUAUAUCCCCGGAGUGUCCCCCUGGUCCCUGCAAGACUCCCCCACAGUCAGAUUGCUGUAGUUGUGUCCCAGGGAGAUGCUACUUCCAUGGCCAGUGGUAUACAGACGGGGCUGUGUUCAGUGGAGGCGGUGACGAAUGUACCACCUGUGUCUGCCAGAACGGGGAGGUAGAGUGCUCCUUCACACCAUGUCCAGAACUGGAGUGUCCCCGGGAGGAGUGGUGGCUGAGCCCAGGACAGUGCUGUUUUACCUGUCGGGAGCCCACACCCACCACAGGCUGCUCUCUAGAUGACAACGGGGUUGAGUUUCCGAUUGGACAGAUCUGGUCACCUGGUGAUCCCUGUGAGUUAUGCAUCUGCCAGGCAAAUGGCUCUGUGAGCUGCAGGAGGACAGACUGUGUGGACUCUUGCCCUCACCCCAUCCGGAUCCCUGGACAGUGCUGUCCUGACUGUUCAGCAGGCUGCACCUACACAGGCAGAAUCUUCUACAACAAUGAGACCUUCCCAUCAGUGCUCGACCCCUGUCUGAGCUGCAUCUGCCUGCUGGGUUCGGUGGCCUGUUCACCUGUGGACUGCCCCAUCACCUGUACCUACCCCUUCCACCCGGAUGGCGAGUGCUGCCCUGUGUGCCACGACUGUAACUUUGAAGGGAGAAAGGUAGUGAAUGGUCAGGUGUUCACCUUGGACAACGAGCCCUGUACCCGAUGCAUCUGCCAGCUGGGAGAGGUGAGCUGCGAAAAGGUCCCUUGCCAGCCAGUCUGUACUGACCCUUCCUGCCCAGAUUCCCUCUCUCCUCCAAAAGAAAGGCAGCAACCCUCCCUUCACAGAGACCUUGGCAAAGCUGCUCAGAGCCUGCGUGGAGAUUCUGAAGUCCCUGCCAACUGUAGCUCUUGCCUAGGGCCUCUAUCAGCAUCACCUGCAAGGCCCAUGUUCCAGCUCCUGCAGCUACUUUUGAGAACAAACGUGUCUGGCGAGCAGACUGUACUCCCAGGCCCACCAGUAGCCCACACCUCAUCCUCACUGCCAUCAGAACCAGAGGGCACAUUUCUAGGGGAACUGGGAGCUUCUCAGCCUUCUGAGCCCUCAGCAGGAUCUUCAGUAUCUCCUGGAUCCUCCACUCUACCUCAAGCCUUUCCAGGGACUCCUUGGUCACCUGGGACUCCAGAGAGUUCUUCCUCAACCUUUCGGGCAGCAUUCCAGUGGCCUCUGUCUGCCAACCUCUUAACUGAAGCUGAAGCACCUUCAACGACUGUUCCUGACCUCUCAAAGACCCUCACAACCCCCUUGAAGCCUCAAAGACUCUCUGCAACUGUCCUGGACACCCCCGACCAUGUUCCCCAACAGCCCACAACAGAUAUCUCAAAGAAGGAAGAGUCUGCCAUCUGAGUGGAUCACCAUGC